AUAAUCAUAUAACGGUUCCCCAAGGUGAUGUGUAACGCGGAGGUGCAGUGGAUGGCGUGGCGCGGCGGCAGCAUCAGCGAGCGCGCGGUGCGCGUGGCGGCCGGCGUGCACGUGGGCCGCGUGCACUACCGCGGCGACCAUCUGCUGGGCGCCGUGCACGAGCCGCACUACCGCUGCCACGUCAUCAUCUUCGGCAGGCCCUUCGCCUUCAACUGCUACGAACUGCUCAUGCUCGCUGAAUCUAACGGUAACUAGACACUUGACGGGGAUUUGGUCUAAAUUUAUGUGCUCUACUAAUAAUUUUAUUAGUUACGGUCUGAGUUAAAGCUUUCUUGAGUUUCAUGGUGAUGGUUUUAUAGCUUCACACUAAUUAGGACAUUGGCUCUCAUAUUUUUGCGUCCUUUUUGGUGGAGUUCCGAGAAAAUGUUUGCGAAGGGAGGAAUUCGCGGACUUAAUAUGGGUUUUGGAUUUACGAAAUGCGUAAAUGUGAUAGUGAUGAUUAGUCAGGUUUUUUUGAAUUGAGAAGUCGGUUUAUUUGCGUGAAUGUUUUUAUUGUCUUUGUUUAUAUUUAUUUUGAUACGUUUAUUAUAUUUUAUUUCUAUAUU